GUCAUGGUUAAAACCCCCUUCCCUUCCUUAGCUGUUCCUUCUCGCCGUAUCCCGGCGUUCUCGACGGAUCUCUUGGCUUCGACGUCUCCUUUUCUUAGGAUCUUUCAGCACCUCGCUCACGAUCACGAGCUCGUCUUCUGCUCUCGCGUCUCGAGUCGUUGGAUUUUGGCUCCCAUUGUGAUGGUUGUUGCGACUAGGCUAUUUCUCCCUUCCGCUUCGGAAGUAUAAUGAAUCAUUUGAUCCGAAGACAAGAUGCUCCCUAGAGCAACGGAGGUAGCGAGUCGCGGAAGCAGUAUCUGACCCAAAAGUCCUUUCUUUUUGUCUUUCACCGGUGUUCUUGGACCAUUUUGAAUUUCAACAAGGACAGGUUCCUCGACAACUCCGCGUGAUCUUUGGGAAUGAUGAUUCCUCCACUGGCUUCUCAGGUUUCUCAGGAUGAGGAGGGCAUGGAAGAGAAGAUAGCGCUAGCUGGAGAGGGUAAGAAGCCGAAGGAAUCUCCUGAAGAAGGGUUGCUGGAUUCCAAUGAAGGGUAUCAGCUUUCGAGGUGGUCUCCUUUGCGAUGGUUCCGAAUGCUUGCAGAGGAAACUCACUGGAGCUUUGUGUUUGGAGUGAUCACAGUGUAUGGGAUAAGCCAGGGGUUGGGUGGUGCCAUUUACAGAGUUGCUACUGACUACUACUGGAAGGAUGUUCAGAUGGUGCAGCCUUCCGCUGCACAGGUUUACCAGGGAAUUACUUCAAUUCCUUGGAUCGUGAAACCUCUCUGGGGUCUUCUUACUGAUGUACUCCCCAUGGUUGGGUAUAGGAGGCGACCAUACUUCAUCUUAUCUGGUCUUUUGGGAAUUACAUCAAUGCUUACCCUAUCUCUCCAUAGAAAACUCCAUGUACUGUUUGCUUUGCUGGCAUUAACAGGAGGAAGUGCUUCUGUGGCAAUAGCAGAUGUUACGAUAGAUGCCUGUGUUGCAGAAAAUAGUAUAAGCCAUCCUUUCCUUGCAGCUGAUAUGCAAAGCUUGUGUGGAUUAAGUUCUUCUAUUGGACGACUUCUUGGAUUUUCAUUUAGUGGUCUACUCAUCCAUGCAAUUGGCUCAGCGGGUGUACUCGGCUUGUUAAGCAUCCCGUCAGCACUUGUACUCUUAGUUGGUGUAAUGUUGAAGGAGAUGCAUAUGCCAGACUUUGUUUAUGGAGAGGUAUUCCAAAAGUUACAACAAGCAAGUGAAAAAAUGUGGAAGACUUUAAAAUGCCCUCCUGUCUGGAGACCUUGUGUGUACAUGUACGUUUCUUUGGCUUUAAGCUUGAAUAUCCAAGAAGGGAUGUUUUAUUGGUACACUGAUCAAAAGGCAGGACCAUCUUUCUCCCAGGAAACAAUUGGAUUUAUUUAUUCCAUUGGCUCUGUGGGUUCUCUUCUAGGAGUGCUGUUAUAUCAAAACAUUUUGAAGGACUAUAAUUUCCGCGGGCUGCUUUUUUGGAGUCAGUUAAUUUCUGCUUUUGCUGGAAUGUUGGACUUAGUUUUGGUUCUCCGUUUGAACUUGAAGUUUGGAUUGCCUGAUUAUUUAUUUGCUGUGAUCGAUGAGAGUGUCACACAACUGAUUGGCCGUCUCAAGUGGAUGCCACUUCUUGUGCUGAGUACUAAGCUUUGCCCUUCAGGCAUUGAAGGAACCUUUUUUGCUCUACUCAUGUCUAUUGAUAACUUUGGCUUACUCACAUCAUCAUGGGGUGGAGGUCUACUGCUUCAUUUGCUAAAAGUUACACGAACAGAAUUUGACAAUCUCUGGGCUGCUAUAUUGAUAAGGAACAUAAUACGAGUCGCACCACUAGUGCUGUUGUUUUUGAUACCUGCAAGUGAUCAAAAUUCCACAAUUCUUCCUGCUGACAUGCUUAACGGAAAUGAUAAUGGGGAAGCUCUUGAAGAAGACAUGCGUGAGAUGAAUGACAUCGAAUUAGUUUCACUUGUUAACAGAACAGGAUAUUGAAAUGAAGUUACUGGUAUCAAAUUGGAUAACAGUUAUUCAUGUGGUUUCAUAGGAAGCCUUCUCAAUUUUUUUUUCUUCACUUGAGCCAGAAGUCUUUUACCUUAUUGAUAGAAGUUUGAAGAUGUUUCCAUACAAGUAUUGGCAUCCUGAAGAGAAAGGGUUCCUUAUUCUUUUUUUUAUUCUAAGUGAAGGUAUAAUACGAGGUUAUAAGGUAUCCAUUCUUCAAAUAUAUGUUAUAUUCAAUUUGUAAUACUUAGAUGCCAAACCAUGUUGUAGGAUUAAUUCUUUGGAGAAAAAAAAAGGUUAACAUCCUGUUACCCAUCAAGGUAGGAAUGUUAUGGUAGCUAUUUCGAUUAUUACUGAUGUUAUUGUACCUAAAAAUUUCAUCUUUAUGGAAAUUGAAAACUUCUUGUACUCUCUAGUCUACAAGAUUAAGGAAUUUGUGAUUCUACUGA